UCUGAUCGUGAUUUUUUAAAGUAUACAUUUAGAAUCAAUAAGCAGAAAGUGUCAAAAACGGACGAAUACAAUGUCCUUAGUCAAGUUUAGUAUAUGUUAUUUCCAUGCUAUACAGAUUGCAAAACAUUAACAUUUGCAAUGGAUAUUUUUGAAAAUAUAUGUCGCACUUGCGGCAACGACUGCUUGGAUGCAAUGAACAUAUUUGAGGAUAACAUUACGGCACUGGAGAAGAGCAUUCCUAUAUCUGAAAUAUUGUCGACAUGCUUGCCCACGUCUGCAUCACUGCCAGUGGUGAGCAAGGACGAUGACUAUCCCAAGCAGAUAUGCCGUGUUUGCAUCAAAAAACUGAUUAUGAUAUACGAAUUUAAUAAUAAAUGGAUAACGGCAAAUAAUGAAUUCACCGUGGCAUUGAAAUUCGAGCAACGCCGCAAUCGAUCCCGCCUUUCGCAGUCAGUGCCAUUGGCUCCCGACGACCAGAUACCACUUAAAUGUACUGUGCAGGCGAUUGAGGCAAAUGUUGAACCAAUUGCACCAGCCAACGCCACUGGCAUUAAGGCAGAAACCAUUGUGUUUAAACAUGAGCCACAUGAAGGCACUGAGAUAGGAACACUCAUCGAUGAAGCUGAAUUGAACCACGGACUGACCGCAAAGACCAACUCAGAAAUUGCUUCGACAAUCAACUACCAGUGCGCCUUAUGUGAUGAAUGCUAUCACACGCUUGCGGCCUACCAGAAGCAUCAUAAAGUCAGCCAUCGCAACUCUCAGUUCCUAUACUAUACUCCAGGACAAUAGAGCUAUCUCUAUAUUGACAUAAAUAAAUAAAUAUAUAUAUAUACCGAAACUAUUUGUAUACAUUUGU